AUGCUCAGCUCGACGCGGCGCGAGCGAGCAAGCAGCAACGUGUUGACCAUGCCGCCGCGCCACCCGCGAUGGAGCCGAGAGACGGUGCGACAAGAGGCGCGACUCGACGCUGCCGCUGCUGCCCUCGCAGCCCCUGCUGCCCUCGCUGCCCCUGCUGCCUCUCCUGCUGGUAGAAAUGAUUCUCUUGUUGCUCCCGCGUCUGCCGCAGCUGGCGCGGCAUCGCGUGCUGCCCUCGCGGGAAACGGCCUGCGUCUCCAGCAGGGGGUCGCAGUCCCCCCCGCCAUGAGCUCGUCCGCCUUCUCCGCGUGUCUGCUGCGCUCGUCCUUCGCGUAUUACAGCGCGCCCUUCACCACCGCGCAUGCACCAACCGCGCCCGUGGCUAUUCUGCCACCUACGCCAGCAGCGGUCCCAGGCCAAAUUUCCAGGACUGCUGUGUGCUGGGGGCAUGAAGUGAUGGCAGGCCAGGGAACGAAGGAGAGCGAUGUGAGUGAUGAAACGGGAGGGAUGGACGGGAAAUUGAUGCAAGAGAAGAGAGAGGAAGAGGAAGAGGAGGAGGUGAUGAGGAGUGAGAGGGGAAGUAUGAUGAACGGCAGGGAAAGGGCAAGGGAUGGGGCAGUGGUGGUGGUGGGGAGCGAGGAGAGGCAGGCGGGGAGAGUUGUAUUGCAGUGUGGGGAGGUAGUAGUGGGAGUGCAAGGGAGUGAGGGGCAGUGGGGAGGGGAGAGAGGGAGUGGUAGCAGUCAUGUGAGGAGGUGGGGAGACGUUGCAGGGAGGGGAGAGCGAUUGCGGUUGCAGCAGGAGACAGGGGGAUUGUGCGGUGAGAAUGGUGGCUUGUGGGAAGGUGGGGGAGGAGGUUGGGAUGAGAGUCAACUUUUGAGGUGCCUCAGAAGUGGGGAUGAGAGUGGAAAGCAGGGUGCGGAGAAUGAGGAGAGAGGUGACCAACAGGGGGCUAUGCAGGCAGGAGCUUGUUUAUCUGCCUCUGCCUCUGCCUCUGCCUCUGCAUUGGCUUCUACCUCUCUAUCGACUGCUAUCGCCACCUCGAUAUUGUGCUGGAAUGGAGAGCAUGGCAUGGAGGGGGACGAACAGCAGCACCAGCAGCAGAGGGGUCAGGAGGAUAGGGCAUGCAACGGCAGUGGCAACGAGGGCGCUGGUGCAGAAGAGAGGCGAGAGAGGGAGGACAUCUCUGCAGCUCACCCCGGCUGGACGGCAGGGGGGCUUGGUGUAGGCGCCGGGUGCAGUGGUGUUGGGGCAGUGGCGGGAAGCCAGGGCGCAUGGGUGAUUCCUGGUGCUCAUGCUCAGGCUGAUGCUGAUUCUGAUUGUGAUUGUGAUGGUGAUGGUGAUGGUGAUGGUGAUGGUGAUGGUGGUAUAUCCGACAGUGGCGCUGUUGGCAAUUCUACCGAUGAGGAGGAGGAUGGGGUCGGGGAUGGGGAUGGCGAUGUGGAUGGGUUGUUGGAGCUGCAAGUGCUAGAUGCAGCUGUGGAUGCGCUCAUAGCUGAUGAUGCUGAUGCUGCUGGUCAUGUUGCCACACACACUGACGCCAACGCCGACAGGGUCAGUGCAAAUCCUCACCUUAUUCACACAAGCAGCUAUUUGGGCGCCUGUUGCGUAUCACUGGUGUCUCCUCCUCCUCCUCCUGCUCUUGCUGCUGCUGCUGCUGCUGCUGCUGCUGCUGCUGCUGCUGCUGCUGCUGCUGCUGCUGCUGCUGCUGCUGCUGCUGCUGCUGCUGCUGCUGCUGCUGCUGCUGCUGCUACUGCUGCUGCUGCUACUGCUACAGCUGGUGGUGCAGCUGCUGUUACGGCAUCACACCCGCAUGGCUUUGCGCUGCAUGCUGCUGCGGGCACAGGUGUUGUGGCAGGUAUACCAGUGGCGUGGCUGCGUGGGACGGAGAGCAUGUGCGCUGCUACUGCUACUGCUACUGCUACUGCUGCUGCACCUCCUCCUCCUCUCACUGCACCCCGCUCCAUUGUAUGCCACGCUGCCUUCUCCACCCUCCUCCCUCUCGGAACAAACACUGGCUGCUUGUAA